AUGUACAACUCAAACAACUGUAGCUCAUGGUCGCUUACCUGCCAUCAAUAUAAUGAAGGCGAAGAUGUUGAUCGUAUUCAAUUAGAAGCAAUUUUAAGAUUAUUAAUGCAAUCUGGUAUUGUCCAUAAUAAUCAUGAAUCGGUUACAAAUUUAUGUAAUAUUAUUGAUAGCCUUCUAAUAUAUCAUGCAACAAUGCCAUUACACUGUUUCAGAAAUCUUUUAAAAUUUCUUCGAUUUUAUGAUCGUCAACGUCGUGACAAAACCGAUCGUCUUGCUCCAAUCUGA